AUGCAAGAUGAAUCACUCUUGUUCAUCGAGGUCGGAGCUGCUUUGGGCGUAAUCGCUCUCACUUCAGUUCCGGCCCUUGCAGGACUCGUCAGACAACUUCAAUCCCGCAAACCCAAGGAUCAUUUCUACGAGGACAAGGACGGUAAAGCCACGGCCGAGUCAUCUGCCGCCUUUUCCAACCGCUGGCCCAAGACCUUCAUUUUCUUGUUCGCUUUCUUGGGUUUGGCCGUUUCAUUGGCAAACUCCAUCUUGGCAACACUCUCCCUUCACACCGGUAAAUAUGAUAGCUUAUUCAUUGCAGAAUGGCUCUCAACCGGCGUCUCGAUCCUUUUGGCCCUCCAAGCCGUGAGCAUCACUGCGUCAAAUGACUCUGUUCAAGCCUACAGCCUCGGCUUAUGGCUUUGGCUUUCUGGUUUGAUCUUUGCCGCCGUUCAGGUCUUGCAGGAUACCAAGGUGCUUGAUCAGCUUCUGUCCACCAAUCCUGUUUCCUUCGGCCUCAAGAUUGCGAGCCUAGCUCUGACCGUUGGCCUCAUUGUGACGAGCGUCACUCUGCCCAGAAGACCGGACGUCUACUUCGAGGGCAAGGUCGUCGACCGCCUCAGAACAGUUCCCGCCUACAGCCGCUUCACCUGGGGCUGGUGCAGCGGAAUUAUCGACAUGGCCACUAAGAAGAAGGAUCUAGAUGCAUCUGACCUGCCUAAGCCGGAUCAUUGGACUCGCUCCGAAGAUGCGGCCGCGUCGUGGAAGUCGUACGACUUCAAGCCAGACUCCAACCUAUGGUGGUCCAUCAUCUGGGCCUACCGAGUACCCUUGUUCGUCCAGUGGUCCAUUGCUAUUUCCAAGGCAUUCUUGAAUCUUGCCCCUUCAUGGAUCACGCUUCAAAUCCUUGAGACUCUUCAACGUAGAAAGCCCGGUGAAGAUCUCCCAGCCGAUAUCUGGAUUUUGGUCUUCUGGCUCGGUCUAGUCAUUCUCGCCGACGCGUGGGUAGAGGCGACCAUGUUCUGGCUGUCUUGGGCCGAGCUCUGCAUUCCCCUCAGGGGCGCCCUUUCUGCUCUCAUCUUUGAGAAGUCGAUGCGAAGGAAGAACGUAAAGGCGGCUUCCAAGCAGGAAGCUGACGAGAAGGAGGAUGAGGCCGACGCAAAGGAUGACAAGAAGAAGAAGAGCGAUGAAGAAGAGGCCGAAGACGACAAUGUGCUCAAGUCGAAGCAAGCCAUAAUCAACCUGAUUGGUGUCGACGCCAAGCGUAUUUCCGAUUUCGCCGCCUUCCAGUUCCUCUUCCCAUCCAGCGCUGCCAAGCUCCUUGUCGCCAUCUGGUUCCUGGUCUACCUACUUGGCUGGGGUCCUCUCGGUGCCGGACUCCUCGCAUGGGCUGUUCUUCUUCCCAUCAACUUCUCCUAUGCCAAGGUGUACUCCAAGGCACAGGAUAAGCUCAUGAAGAUUCGUGACCAGAAGUUGGCAGUUGUCAACGAGGCCCUCGUAGGCAUGCGCCAGAUCAAGUUUUCCGCGCUCGAGCCUCAAUGGGAGAAACGCAUCCUGGCCAUGCGAGAGAAGGAACUUGGUGCCUUGUGGCAGGUUUUCAAGGGUGAUACUGUGCUCUUCGGCAUGUGGAUUACCAGCCCCAUUGCUCUGGCCGCCGUUUCCCUGGCUGUUUACGCAUGGAUCAACGGUACCCUGAUCCCAUCUGUUGCUUUCGUCAGUAUCGGUGUCUUCAAGAACCUCGAGGUCACCCUCGCCGUCCUCCCCGAGCUCAUUACCGACGUCAUCGACGCAAACAUUUCUGUCAAGAGAAUGCAGGACUAUCUGAACGGACCCGAAAAGACCAAGACUGUGACUGAGGGAUCCGAUGUGGCCUUCCAAAACGCCACUAUUGCUUGGCCCGUUGACGACGAGGUCAAGGACGAGGACAGAUUCAUCUUGCGCAAUAUCGACGUCACCUUCCCUGCUGGCGAGCUGUCCGUCAUUUCUGGUAAGACUGGUACGGGUAAGAGUUUGAUGCUGGCUGCCGUUCUCGGCGAGUCAGAUCUCUUGUCUGGUACCAUCUACGCGCCGAAGCCUCCCUCAAUCAACGAGAGAAACGACGACAAGGCCAACCGUGGCAACUGGAUCAUCCCGAGCAGCAUUUCGUUCGUCGGCCAGAUCCCAUGGAUCGAAAAUGCCACACUCAGGAGCAACAUUCUCUUCGGACUCCCCUUUGACGAGGAGAGGUACAACCAAACCAUCGAGGCCUGCGCAUUGAAGAAGGACUUGGAGAUGCUUUCAGACGGUGACAAGACCGAGUUAGGAGCCAACGGUAUCAACCUCAGUGGCGGUCAGAAGUGGCGUCUCACUCUUGCCAGAGCCAUCUACUCUCGCGCCGGCAUCCUUGUCCUGGACGACAUUUUCUCGGCCGUUGACGCCCACGUCGGCCGCCACAUCUACGAAAAGUGCCUUACUGGCGACCUCUGCCAGGGUCGAACUCGCAUCCUCGUCACCCACCACGUCGCUCUCUGUGAGCCCAGGACCAAGUUUAUCGUUGAGCUGGGCGACGGCACUGUCCAACACUCUGGUUUCCUGUCCGAGCUCACCGAGGAUGGAACGCUGCAGAUGAUCAAGAGCCACGAGCAGUCAUCCCAAGAGAUCGCCGAUGAGGAGGCCACGGCCGUCAACUCGGAGCAGGCUUCUGAUAUCGAUGUUCCCGAGGUCGCCGAGCUCAACGGAGAUGGUGGUGUUCUGAAGAAGGUUCCCUCCAAGGCUGCCCGUGCGUUUGUCGAGGAUGAGGCUCGUGAGAAGGGCUCCAUCAAGAAGCAUGUCUAUGCUGCGUACCUGAGCCAGAGUGGCGGUUUACCCUGGUGGGGCUUCGGUUUCCUUCUCUUUGUCAUCUACCAGUUCAUCGUCAUUGGAAGAUCAUGGUGGCUUCGUAUUUGGACCGGCACAUCGGAGCAGUCCAUUAAGACAUUCAACCAGCAACCGCAACACCAAUUCGCCUAUGCCGUUACCCUCCAGCACAGCGAACUUCACGUUCCGUCUCAAAAUGUCAGCAUCAGCAUGGACAAGGAUACCUUGUUCUACCUGGGCGUCUACGUUGGUAUCUCUGCGUUCUCCGCCAUCCUCGGCACAGGUCGCUUCUUCUACUUCUUCGUGAUGAGCUACAAGGCCAGUCGCCGCAUGUUUGAGGGCAUCACCAGGACCGUGCUCCGCACCCCGCUCCGAUGGCUCGACACUGUUCCUACCGGCCGCGUCCUGAACCGCUUUACUGCCGACUUCAACGUCAUCGACAACAGGCUCGGCAUGGAUCUCUCUGGCGUCUUUGGCGCCUUCCUCAGCGUGAUCGGAAUUUGCGUCACCGCCUUCUACGUCUCGCCGCUCAUCAUCCCCCUGGCCUUCAUCCUGCUCCUCAUUGCCGUCUGGAUCGCGAUGCGCUACCUCGCCGGCGCUAGGCCGGCCAAGAGACUUGAGAGCACGACAAAGUCCCCCAUUUUCGACCUCUUUGGCUCCACGCUCGUCGGCAUGAUGACCAUCCGUGGCUCGGACAAGGCCCAGACGUACAUUGAUUCCAUGUAUUCGCGCCUCGACGACUACGGCAUGGCAUCAUGGCACCUGUGGCUCUUCAACCGCUGGAUGGGCUGGCGCAUGUCGCUCAUCGGCGCAAUGUUCUCAACUGCCGUCGGCUUCGUCGUCCUGGGCAGCCCCUCGAUGGGCGCCGCUCUCGCCGGUUUCACCCUCUCCUUCGCGCUCGAGUUCUCGCAGGCCAUUGUCUGGUCCAUCCGCCACUACGCCAACAUCGAGCUCGACAUGAACGCCGCGGAGCGCGUCGUCGAGUACUCGGACCUCAAGACCGAGGACCAAGGCGGCGUCGAGCCUCCGGCGACGUGGCCCACCGAGGGCAAGCUCGAGGUCAAGAACCUCGUCGUGAGCUACGCCGAGGACCUGUCCCCCGUUCUCAAGGGCCUCACUUUCAGUGUCAACAAGAAUGAGCGCAUCGGCGUCGUCGGCCGCACGGGAGCCGGCAAGUCGUCCCUGACCCUCGCGCUAUUCCGCUUCCUCGAGGCCCGCUCGGGCAGCAUCUUCGUUGACGGCCUCGAUAUCUCAAAGAUCAAGCUCCACGAGCUGCGCUCCCGACUUGCCAUCAUCCCCCAGGACCCCGUCCUCUUCUCCGGCUCCAUCCGCUCCAACCUAGACCCCUUUGACAACCAGGCCGACGCCGACCUCAAGGACUCACUCCAACGCGUGCACCUCGUCGACUCGAACCCCGCGACGCCCAGCGAGCCAUCAUCCAGCGCGGCGCCCUCCAUCGAUCAGCAAAAGAACGUCAACGUCUUCCGCAACCUCAACUCCCCCAUCUCCGAGGGUGGCGGCAACCUCUCGCAGGGCCAGCGCCAGCUCCUCUGCCUCGCGCGCGCCAUUGUCUCCCGCCCGAAAGUCAUGGUCCUCGACGAGGCCACCUCGGCCGUCGACAUGGCGACCGACGCGCUCAUUCAGCGGUCCAUCCGUGAGGAGUUCAAUGAUUCGACACUGAUUGUCAUUGCCCACCGCCUGAGCACGAUUGCCGACUUUGACCGGAUCCUCGUCCUCAGCGACGGCGCCGUCGCCGAGUACGGCAGCCCGCAGGAGCUGUGGGCCAAGGAUGGUGGUGUGUUUAGGGGUAUGUGUGAGGAGAGCGGCGAGAAGGAGAAGUUGAAGAAUAUCAUCUUUUCCUAA